CCCUCCAUCCCCCUACCAGAUAUAAGGGUGUAAGCCAAGCUGCCUCGAUAACUCAGCCUCCCGUGCUCCCCACCAGGCCCAGUCUCUCUGCCUCUCUCCGGCCAUGUCGUGCCGCUCCUUCCAGCAGGCUUCCAGAUGUGGCAGUCGGAGCUUCAGCUCCAGCUCGGCCAUCCUCCCGCGGGUGGUCACCCACUACCCAGCGAGCAAGGGGCCAUGCCGGCCCGGGGGCAGUGCGGGCUUCCGUGCCCUGGGCUGCCUCGGCUCUCGGAGCCUAUGCAAUGUGGGCUUUGGGAGGCCUCGGGUCGCCUCCACGUGCGGCCUGCCUGGCUUCGGGUACCGACUGGGGGCCGCCUGUGGGCCUUCUGCCUGCAUCGCCCCUGUCACCAUCAAUGAGAGCCUGUUGGUCCCGCUGGAGCUGGAGAUUGACCCGACCGUUCAGAGGGUGAAGAGGGAUGAGAAGGAGCAGAUCAAGUGCCUCAACAACCGGUUUGCAUCCUUCAUCAACAAGGUCCGGUUCCUGGAGCAGAAGAACAAGCUGCUGGAGACCAAGUGGAAUUUCCUGCAGCGGCAGAGGUGCUGCCAGAGCAACAUCGAGCCCAUCUUCGAGGCCUACAUCUGCACCCUCCGGAGGCAGCUGGACUGUGUGGCCGGGGACCGGGCCAGGCUGGAGUCAGAGCUCUGCAGCCUCCAGGACGCACUGGGGGGCUACAAGCAGAAAUACGAAGAGGAGCUCUCCCUGCGGCCCUGCGCUGAGAAUGAGCUUGUUGCCUUGAAGAAGGACGUGGACACGGCCUUCCUGACGAAGGCUGACCUGGAGACCAACGUGGAGGCUCUGGUCCAGGAGAUCGACUUCCUGAAAAGCCUGUAUGAGGAGGAGAUCUGCCUGCUCCAGUCUCAGAUCUCGGAGACCUCGGUCGUUGUGAAGAUGGACAACAGCCGGGAGCUGGACGUGGACGGCAUCAUCGCCGAGAUCAAGGCCCAGUAUGAUGAAAUCGCCAGCCGAAGCAAAGCAGAAGCAGAGGCCUGGUACCAGUGCCGGUAUGAGGAGCUGAGACUGACAGCUGGGAACCACUGUGACAAUCUCCGGAACCGCAAGAACGAGAUCCUGGAAAUGAACAAGCUGAUGCAGCGGCUGCAGCAGGAAACUGAGAAUGUCAAAACCCAGCGCUGCAAGCUGGAGGCCGCCGUGGCCGAGGCCGAGCAGCAGGGCGAGGCGGCCCUCAACGACGCCCGCUGCAAGCUGGCCGGGCUGGAGGAGGCCCUGCAGAAGGCCAAGCAGGACAUGGCCCUGCUGCUGAGGGAGUACCAGGAGGUGCUGAACUCCAAGCUGGGCCUGGACAUCGAGAUCGCCACCUACAGGCGCCUGCUGGAGGGCGAGGAGCACAGGCUGUGCGAAGGCAUUGGGCCCGUGAAUAUCUCCGUGAGCAGCCCCAAAGGCGCCGUCCUGUACGAGCCAUGUGUGGUCAGCACACCCUUGCUGAGGACCGAGUUCUGCACAGGGGGCACCAGUGUCCUUAAGAGCAGUGGGGGCUGCAGCAUUGUGGGCGCCGGGGAAUUCUACAUCCCCUGCGAGCCCCAGGGGCUCCUGGGCUGUGGGGGCGGGCGGAACUCCAGCGUGAAGCUAGGGGCUGGGGGCAGCUCCUCCUGCCACAAGUGUUAGCACAGCCCCCGAGGCUGGAAGCCCAGGGACAGGGCGCCAGCCCCCAGCCUGGAUGGGUUCCCCCCGUCAGGGCUGAAGACAAGGAUAUUCCAAACGCCCACCUUCCUGUACUGACCCCAGGUGUCCCUGGGGUUCUCACUGGGAGCUGCCCCUCGGGCCCAUCCAUAUCUUCAAGAGUCACCUUUCACUUGGCUGUGUGCAGACCCUGAGCUGGGCCUUGGGGCUGGGGGUGGGAGGAUACAAAGAAGAAUGCAUCGCCCACGUCCCCUGCACUGCUGACAGUCAGGUUCUAGUGUGGCCAAGAGAAAGGUGAUAGCCCCCAACCACUUCUCUUCUGGAUGAGAAGGGCAAGUGGGCCCAUCACAUUUCUGCUUGGUGGAUUAUCCCAUGGAAGUUUCCCCACAAAGCCAGCCUGUCCUGGACCCCUGGGGUUUCCACUUUCCUUACCUCUGGCUCUCACGCCCCUAAGAAAAGUGAACUUCUUUUAACACCCACCUAAAACACGCCCUGUUGGAAAUAUCAAGAGGAGACAUUCCAAAAUCCCAUUCUGAAUUCCAAAGCCGAAAGUUGGGGUUUCAGGAUCACUCAGGACUUGUCAAUGUUCCUCCCAGUUGACACACAGCAUCAAGAGGGGGUGUUUGGUGGUAGAUUCACCUGCUUAAGUGUGUUGAACUUACACUAUGAAAAUACAUCUUUCUCCUGAGCUCACAUUGGCAGCUGGUAGUGGGGAAAUGGGUAGAACGGAGGCAGAGGACGUGGACUGUUUACUGGACAGAGGGACACUCAGGACUGACAGUACGUGCUCAGUGGGAUCAAGCCCCCACCGCCCCGUCUGUACACAGCCUCCCGAUCCUGCUCCCUCUCCCUUUAGUUCCUCUGGCUUUGGGUCUGUUGUGAACGUGUUUUCCUGGCUACAGUGAUGUAGGGCUGCCCCAGCGGACUUGGAGGCUCUGGCUCAGGGGCUGUGAGGGAGGAGGAGGUGCUGGGCUGACCCCACCUCCCCAGAGGCCCCGCCCCUAGCGCUGCAGCCCACAGAAGCCCCGCUCACCCAAGGUCCACCAUCUCUGCCAUGAGCCUCUGGGCUUGUCCGUUCCCAAUAAAGUGACUGUUGA